AUGGCACGCAAGCGUUUCCCAACGGACACGCGCCGUGGUAUUGAAACCCUACCUAUUGCGGCGACUUCGCUGCUUCCACUCCGCUUUACUCAACGUGAUCAUUACAGCGUGCUUGCCGGGACAGGUCACUCCCGCUGCGGUAAAGGCGAGGGAUUCCUGUCAUCGCAGGGCUGGCGGCCUCGGUCGGAGGUUUUGCUGCGCUGCCGGCAGAGCGGCACAGCCGUGGACACCGCCACCUUGCAUAAUGACCGACACGGCACCUUCGGCAUCAGCCUGACUUGCGGGGAGUCGGAAGAUCCUCCUGCGGAUGUAGCUAUUGAACUGAAAGCCGUGUUUACAGACAGACAGUUUGUCAGAAACUCUUGUGUCGCCGGAGAAUGGGGGGAAGAACAAUCGUCUAUUCCUUAUUUUCCGUUUAUACCGGACCAGCCUUUUAGGGUUGAGAUACUUUGCGAGCAUCCCCGGUUUAGAAUAUUUGUGGAUGGACAUCAGCUCUUUGAUUUUUACCACCGUAUUGAAACACUGUCAGCAAUUGACACGAUAAAGAUAAACGGAGAUCUUCAGCUUACAAAACUUGGCUGAGCUUGUUAGGACUGCAGAUUCCAAACCGGCUCAAGUGCCAUCGUCCGUUUGGAGAAGUGACAGUCGGCUCUGGACACAGCUAUGGUAGGAAGGCUGCCUCGUUCCUUUUCUGCAUGCAGUUCUUCACUCCAGUGCCGAUGAACCGGGCUGUUGUUUAUCCUAAUGAAGAACAUUGUUGGUUAAUAGACAUUGAGCCGUUUUUCUUGGAUCAGACUAGCUCACCUGUGCUGGAUAAUCAAAUUGGAAUGGAUUCAGAGAGACUCACAGUCUUGUUUCAAAUCUCACAGAAAGGCAAUUUCUGAAAUGCAGUACUAAAACCGGUUACUGAACAGCAGUG